CCGGCAGCGAUGCAUCCGCGGCGCCCGGAAGGAUUCGAUGGCUUGGGCUACCGAAGUGGCUCCCGGGAUGAUCAAGGUUUUGGAGGCGCCGGUGCUUUUCCUGCAAGGUCCUUCAGCUACGCGUCGGACAUGAGCCACUGGGUGACCACUCCCCCAGAUAUCCCGGGUAGUCGCAACCUGCACUGGGGCGAGAAGAGCCCACCGUACGGCCCGCCUGCUGCCUCCACCCCGCUCGAGGGACCUACGGAGGAACCCUUUCCCAGCGGCAGCGGCAGCGGCGUGCAGGGACAGAACAGCGAACAGUUAAAUAGAUUUGCUGGAUUCGGUAUUGGACUUGCAAGUCUCUUUACAGAAAAUGUACUGGCCCAUCCUUGCAUUGUUCUACGCCGUCAGUGUCAGGUUAAUUACCAUGCUCGGAAUUAUCAUCUCACUCCAUUUACAGUCAUCAAUAUUAUGUACAGCUUCAACAAAACUCAGGGACCAAGAGCCCUUUGGAAAGGAAUGGGAAGUACAUUCAUUGUCCAGGGAGUCACACUUGGAGCAGAAGGAAUAAUCAGUGAAUUCACACCUUUGCCAAGGGAGAUUUCACACAAAUGGAAUCCUAAACAGAUAGGAGAACACCUUUUACUAAAAGCCCUAACAUACAUGGUGGCAAUGCCUUUCUAUUCAGCAAGCCUAAUUGAGACAGUACAGAGUGAGAUAAUUCGAGAUAAUACUGGAAUUUUGGAAUGUAUUAAAGAAGGAAUUGGAAGAGUGAUAGGUAUGGGAGUGCCUCAUAGCAAACGACUACUUCCACUUCUUUCCUUGAUCUUCCCUACGGUGCUGCAUGGAGUUCUUCAUUACAUCAUCAGUUCAGUCAUUCAGAAGGUUGUCCUAUUAAUUCUAAAAAGAAAGACUUAUAAUAGCCAUCUAGCUGAAAGCACUAGCCCUGUGCAAAGUAUGUUGGAUGCUUAUUUUCCAGAGCUUAUUGCUAACUUUGCUGCCAGUCUUUGCUCUGACGUUAUACUUUACCCACUGGAAACCGUUUUGCACCGCCUUCACAUUCAAGGAACACGCACCAUAAUUGACAAUACAGACCUUGGCUAUGAAGUACUUCCAAUUAAUACACAGUACGAGGGGAUGAGAGACUGUAUCAAUACUAUAAGGCAGGAGGAAGGAGUGAUUGGAUUUUAUAAAGGGUUUGGUGCUGUUAUAAUACAGUACACACUGCAUGCAGCUGUUUUACAGAUUACAAAAAUUAUUUACUCUACACUUCUUCAAAAUAGCAUUUGAGAUUUAGGCUCCAUCACUGGUUAGUCAGUGAGACAUAAUCUGUAUACUUUGUUAUGGAAUUAUGAGAGUUAAAAGUAAAAUACUGGGGGAAGAAUGAUUUGAAAAAUGAAACUGGUUGAAAAAUCCCACACUGAUUGUAUUAAAGUUUUGGAUCAAAAUUUUUCCAAAUUUGAAAACUCAAGUAAAAUUACUACUCAUAGGAAUUAAAUAUUAGCUAGUAUAGCACUGAUGCUAACCUGAAAAAUGAAGAUCCUGGGCAGAAACAAAGGUUUGUCAUAAAAUAUAAAACAAAAUGUCAUAGACCUGAAUCUAACCCAUUUGAC